UGCGUGCAAACUUGUUAUAAAACCACAGAACCCAACCAACCUUCGCCUCGCCUCGUCUCGUCUCAGUAACUGAAAUUGCACACAAGAGAAAGAAUAAAAAACUCCUUUUCCAGAUGCGUUACAUGCAGGAUGGCAGCGGUGGUGUUUUGGUGGUAGCUAUAGCGGCGAUCGUCGCAGCCAAGCUGUGGCAGCUACUAUGGGCACUGUUCUGGAGGCCCUAUGCCUUGACCAAAAAUUUCAGAAACCAGGGAAUCAGUGGUCCUCCUCGCCACUUCUUCCAUGGCUCUCUCCGAGAAGUGAAGGAGCUGACAAGGAACGCCGCCAAGUUGGUGUUGGAUAACACCUCCAACGACAUCACUCCCAGAAUCAACCCUCACUACGACAAAUGGUUCCCUGAGGGAAACGCUUGUGUACUGGCACGGGCUGCUGCCCAGGGUCACAGUUACGGAUCCUGAGCUUGUGAAGCAGAUUUUGUCAAACAAGUUCGGUUUCUAUGUGAAACCCAUGUUCCGGCCUGUGACGGUAAUAGCGAAAGGGCUUGUGCUGCUACAUGGGCCGCAGUGGGCUACAAGGAGGAGGCUUCUCAAUCCUGCCUUCUCCAUGGAAAAGCUCAAGGUCUCUCUCUCUUCUCUUACUUUCUUCUCUUUGUAUGUCUAGCGAGGUGGGGCACAACCUGAACACUUGUUUAUGUUAGAGUGUGGUAUAAGAUCCAGUAUAACAUUCUCCUAAUAACUCGAGUUAUUAGGACCAAUUGGUUUAUCACAUGGUAUCAGAACUGGUUUGACCAAGUGAUGCACAAAAUCACUUGGUAUGGUAUGGUGAGUCAGCAUUAACCAACUGGUUUAUGACAGUCUUUUGUUUAUGAAAUUUGUGACACAGCCAAUGAUGUACAAAAUCGGAUCAUGCACAUUGGAAAUGGUGUCGGAGUGGGGAAACCGUGCAAGAGAAGGCGGCGGGUGCGCCAAGGUAGAAGCGAACGCAGAGUUUCAGAGGCUUACAGCCGACAUAAUUUCUCACACCGCCUUUGGAAGCAGCUACCUUCAAGGGAAAGAAGCCUUCCAAGCCUUGAGACAACUGCAGCUACUCUCAGCAGCCAAAAUCGCUGAUGUUUUCAUCCCUGGAAGCCAUAGGUAUGUUCCUACUCCGUCGAAUAUGGAGAUAUGGAAGCUGGACAGGACACUGAAGAACUCCCUGAUGAACAUCAUACAGGGCAAGGUUGCAGCAUCCAAGUCCAGCGAUGUUGGUUAUGGAGAUGAUCUCCUAGGCAUGAUGAUCGAAGCCUCCGAAACAACCAAAGGUGCCAAGAUGAACAUGAAUGAAAUCAUGGAUGAAUGCAGGACAUUUUACUUCGCCGGCCACGAGACCACCUCCAAUCUUCUGACAUGGGCCAUUUUCCUGCUUACCAUGCACCAAGAAUGGCAGCACAAGCUCAGAGAUGAAGUGUUGAGAGAAUGUGGGAUGGAAAUCCCGGAUGCUGAUUCACUGUCCAAGCUUAAGUUGGUGAACAUGGUACUGCUGGAGACAUUGAGACUGUACAGUCCUGCCAUAGAGAUGAUGAGGAUGGCACCACAAGACAUGAAACUGGGGAAAUUGCAGAUUCCCAAGGGGACCAUUCUGUCAAUUCCCGUCCUCAAGAUCCACAGGAGCAAGGAAUUGUGGGGAGAUGAUGCAAACGAGUUCAAACCCAUGAGGUUUGUGAAUGGAGUCUCCAUGGCUGCAACUCACCCCAAUGCUUUCCUCCCCUUUGGAAUGGGUCCAAGAGUCUGCAUCGGCCAGAACUUUGCAAUGAUGGAAGCCAAAUCUGUGCUUGCAUUGCUUCUCCAGAGGUUUUCUUUCACUCUUUCCCCCGACUAUAAGCAUACUCCUACCAACAACCUCACCUUGCAGCCACAGUAUGGCCUUCCUGUCUUUGUAAAGCCCUUAUAAAUUUCCAAGUCUUUGUAAAGAAUGGGAGAUGGAAGUGGAUAAUUGUUGGAAUAUAAAAGCCUUGGUAAGGGCAUUUAUUGUUUAUUAAGCGAUUAUUUGCAAACUCAUUACUCACAUUGCGAGGAUAUUGUGAUUCAGAUUGGGCCACAUGCUCUUAUAAAAAAAAAA